AUGAGUAUGGUUGAAGGUGGAGACAUGCAGAAUGUAUUGGAUACCCUUCAAGAGAGAGCAGAUAAUGAUCCUUCAUUCUUUUAUAGACUGAAAUUUGGAGAAGAAAACAAUGUGGUGAGCUAUUUUUGGCGUGAUUCUCAAAUGCUUGAAGAUUUCAAAGCCUAUGGUGAUGUUUUAAUCUUCGAUACAACAUACAGAACAAACAAAUAUGGGUUGAUAUGUGCACCAUUUGUUGGUAUAAACUGUCACUGGAGAACAACAAUGUUUGGAUGUGCAUUCAUAAGUGACGAAAAGACUGACACAUUUGUUUGGCUUCUUAAAAUUUUCAAAAAGUCGAUGUGUGGAAUCGAACCAAAAUCAAUCUUCACUGAUCAGGAUCUUGCAAUGAGUAACGCCAUACCAGAGGUUUAUCCAAACUCAAGACAUAUGUCUAUGGCAUUUGCAAAAGAAUUUUGUGUCACACUUUGGAACUCUAAAAACCCAUCCUGA